UCUUGCCCAUCUUUAGGGCUAAUUGAAAGGAUGCAUGGAUAUUUGAGGGGAGGGCCAGUUUAUUAGAGUCUUCUUUGGGGAGCACUACAGUUCUGAAAACACCUAAAAAAGAAGAGAAGGGAAAAAAAAAACAUUUGAAACGUUUCAAUCAAUUUAGCGUUGUUAAUAUGUUUCAAUUUAUGAAUCUGGGUUAGUUCAGAUCAAUGCUAGGGUUUGAUUCAAUGGAAGGGCCUGAAGUGCAGCAAAUAGAAUUGGGGAGGAGCCCAGAGAGUCACAGUGAUUCUGAUCCUCUGCUACCGAACCAGGCUGAUAGCGAACCAAGUUCCAUUCAAGAAAUUAGUAUUCUUAACGAUGAUGAUAUUGAAAACGGUUCUGUUCCUUGCUGCCGUAUCUGUCUGGAAACCGAUUGCGAAGAAGGUGAUGAAUUGAUAUCUCCAUGCAUGUGCAAAGGUACCCAGCAGUUUGUUCAUCGUUCAUGCCUUGAUCAUUGGCGCUCAGUUAAGGAAGGAUUUGCUUUCUCUCAUUGUACAACUUGUAAAGCUCAAUUUCAUCUCCGAGUUGCUUUGUUCGAGGACAACUCUUGGCGCAAAAUGAAAUUCAGACUUUUUGUUACAAGGGAUGUUAUCAUUGUAUUUUUGGCUGUGCAAACUGUCAUCGCAGCAAUGGGUGGUUUUGCAUACCUUAUGGACAAAGAUGGGACCUUUAGGAAUUCAUUCAGUGAUGGAUGGGAUCGUAUAUUGUCCAAGCAUCCCAUACCAUUUUAUUAUUGCAUAGGAGUACUGGCUUUCUUUGUGCUUCUUGGGUUUUUUGGCAUCAUACUACAUUGCUCCUCCUUCAAUAGUAACGAUCCAAGGAUGGCUGGCUGCCAGAACUGCUGUUAUGGAUGGGGAAUUUUGGACUGUUUCCCUGCUUCCAUGGAGGCGUGCUUUGCACUGGUUGUAGUUUUUGUCAUCAUCUUUGCCAUUCUUGGAAUUGCUUAUGGCUUCCUUGCUGCCACCAUGGCCGUUCAAAAAAUUUGGCAGAGACACUACCACAUCCUCACUAAGAGGGAGCUUACAAAGGAGUACAUAGUGGAGGAUCUACAUGGCUCGUAUACUCCAGCGAAAUUGGAUUCUGAACAUGAAGAAUGUCUGAAAAUACUAAAGCUUUUAUAAUGAUGAGUAGAGGAUAUGAACAAGACAUGUUGGAAUGAGUCUUAAUUAAUUAGUAGUUACUUGCUACUUUGUGUAUUUGGAAAGAAGAAAAAAAAAGAGUAAAUUAUAUAAUGUCUUUGUUCCCUAAAAGUUGAUCAGAGCAAAAGAAAGAGACAUUUGUGCUCUCUUUCAGCCUUUGUCAAAACAAUUGACUGACCUGAAUUUCACUACUCUGUGUUAUAUUAAUAUGCAUGGAUCCCUGAAAGGAUUAAACCA